UGCCUUAUCAGCUCCCCGAAUCCCCGGCCUGUCAUACAGGGUCCCCGGAACGCACCCCUUCGACACCGGCCUCUCGUGCCAGCUAUCCCGGAGCCCGAGCCGUGGAUUCAGCGGUACCCUGGAGGCCUGUCUCGGACCCUGGCUUAGUAACCGAGAAUACCCAGCAAGAUGGACGGGAUGUGGCUGCUCUCUGCAGCCUGUGUGCUAUUCACACUGGGCAUGUUUUCCAGCGGCCUGUCUGACCUGCGUGUGAUGGUCUCCAAACGGAGUGUGGACAAUAUCCAGUUUCUACCAUUCCUAACCACAGAUCUUAAUAACUUGGGAUGGCUGUAUUAUGGUUACCUAAAGGGGGAUGGGACCCUCAUGACAGUAAAUACUAUUGGAGCCUCUCUGCAGACCCUCUAUAUGGUGGCCUAUAUUGUCUACGCUGAUCAGAAGCGCAAUCUCGUAUACCAGGUCCUCCUGUCUCUGGGAGUCUUGUUUUUGGCGUACGGUUAUUUCUACAUACUUAUCUCUGAUAUUGGUGUUCGUCUGAAUCAGCUGGGCAUGUUCUGCAGCAUCUUCACAAUCACAAUGUACCUCUCUCCGAUGGCCGAUCUGGCUCAUAUAAUCAGGACAAAAUCCACAAAGUGCCUUUCCUUUCCCUUGACCGUGGCCACAUUCCUUGCUUCGUCUUCAUGGGUGCUGUACGGCUGGGUACUCAGCGAUCUUUACAUUAUGAUACCAAACUUGCCAGGUAUUGCGACCAGCAUUUUGCGUUUUUGGUUGUUUUGGAUUUACCCUCCGGAUAAACCAUCCUACCGCAACAUACUAGCUUGAUGACUCCUUAUCCUUUGCGAAGUGCCUACAUUGUCCUAUGCUGCAUUCUAAAGCAACACUAAGAAUGUAAUCUGUUGCCAUGGGAGCCAAUUAUUCCUUUACGGGGUGCCAGCUAUAGGCAGGAAUCUUACAUAUACUAGAAAAUUACUACACUUAUUCUGCAGGUUGUGGGUAUCAUAAUUGGUGAGUUAGUCGGUGAGAUCCUGAAUGGUGCACGGAGCGGAGAGAAAGCAGGGCAUUCCCACCAAAUGAAAGAGCUUAACCCCGAGGGGGGGAGUAGUCAUCAGAGACUGAACACAAUUAGAGAGGGCUACAGAAAGUGUCGAGGAGAUUAGCUCUGCCUCCUGCACACACACAGCUGACACAGCGCUUGGUAUUGUGUGCCCAACCUGACCCCAUGCUGGGCUGGUCAGCAUUUUACUCGUGGCUGAGUCAGGACAGGGCAUCUCUACCAAACACAGGGGCAUGGGGCAGGAAGGACAGCCUGGGUAGAUGAGGGUGAAGCCCCCUGGAAGAAGUAUAGCUUGCGUAUAAGGGGAGAAAGUUGAAACAUGAAGCGUUUUCCUAUCCACCAAAGAACAUUGUGCACUGUUUUCCAUGUGACUGGGGUGAUCACGGGAAUGGAGACCUCAGCCACAAUGUCCAUUAAUAUGCACUGUCGUUCCUACAUGUCACGUUGUAGGGUGCCUAGUUUUGUACAACGUGGUAUUCUGCGUCUCUCCUGUCUUAAUGUGAAUCAACUGGAGAAGGACAAGCCCCAUUGGAAUGGGGGAGUGGAACAAUUUCCUAAGUGCCUUAUGAUUUUUAAGUACCUUUCUAAUAAAGAAUUCGUUUUUCAGUA